AUUUACAUAAAUUGAUGAUUGGCAUUAAAAAUGAUUAUGAAAAUAAGAUGCCGAAAUUAUCCGUUCUGAUUAACCUAUGUUCGCUUUUCUUGACUCGAGUGUUUCGUAUCCCUAUGAAGGAGCAAGCAUACCGCGUACGAGAAAUAGUUGAAAAUAGAUAAGAGCGAGCUUCGGCUUUGUUUAGUGUAAAAAAUGGCUUCCAUCUCAUUAAAUAAAGGCACACGUAAAACUUAUAGUUUCGAGGAAAGAGAGAUUUUGGUAAAUUUAAUUUAUAAGUACUUAAAUGGUAACGAUGAAGAUAAAAAUUCAGAAACAGGAUCGAACUCAAAACGGAAAUCCGUAUGGUUCCAAUUGACAGAGGAAUAUAAUACACUCGUAGGACCGAGUAAUUCCAGGUCAUCGAUUCAGUUAAGACGAUGUUGGGAAAAUAUGAAAGCCAAUAAAAAGAAUCGCGAUGAUAAACGUGUAAGUGAAAAAGUUAUGAAUGAAAAAUUACAACCAACUCCAUCGAGUUCUAUAGGUCUUCCACCAAACGUUGUUUUUCAACCAAAGGAUUCUGAACCAUUCACAUUGGAAGGACUAAUACCUCCAACAUUUCAAACUCAUAACAUAAAGAAAGAUGAAGAAUUAAAUGGAGAUUUGGAAGAAGAAAAGAUCAAUGAUCACGAAUCAGUAUCAGUACAUGAAUUGUCUUUUGAUGUGGAUGAUGUACCUCCAAAAAAAAUGAAAAGAAAAACCAUAUCUCCUAAAAAACAAAUAAAACAAAAGAUACAAAAAUCUAAUAAAAUACAAAAAAAUAGCGAACUAUAUGAAUUUGCAAUUUCAGAGGCCCAAUUAAAGUUAGAUACCGCGUCAUUAUUGAAGGAAGAGGCUAAACUUAAACUUGAAGAAGCAGAAUAUAGAAAAGAAGAAGCUAGAAUGCGUAUGAUUUGUAUUACUUAUAAAUUACAAAAAUUAAGGGAAGAAUGUGAAGACGUGUUGAAGGAAGAAGAGGAAAAAUAAGAACAUUCGCUCAAAUAUUUGUAAUAUUUGAUAUAACAGAAUAUUGCUAAGUUAGUUCAACAAACUAGUAAUACUUAUGAGAAAUAAUAUUAUUAGUAAAAAAUGU